AUGGCACGUCAUGCCCGCUCAGUUACAUCCGGUGCAGCACCGGAAGCCGUUUUCGCUAUUGGCGAUAACUGUGUGAAAAUGCCGCAGGAGAGGAUGACAUACUUCACUCGCUGUUUACAAGAGCUUCCCCGGAUAACUGUGAAUGACGUUAAUCGUAUCAUGCCGAAGAAGAAGGGUUUUCGUAUGCGACGCACUCCAAGACCCAUCAAGAGUAAGAGUGAUGAUAAUGCAUGCAUAUGUUCAGAAAAAUUACAGCUGUCUGUUGUUGCUGGGAGUGAUGUUCGAGCGGCACCAUUGAGUUGUGAUGUGAAUGCAUUAAUUGCAUGUAGUGUUGUAGCAGCAAUCAAACAUGUCAUUGCUCCAGUAUGUACAUGGGUAUACACAGAUGUUGAUGACAUAUGUGUGGAAGGCAGUAAGCUAGCCACAUAUGUAAAUGAGGCGAGCCAGAAAAGAAACCAUAAAAAGGAGUUGUGUAAGUUGAUUGGGGAGCACAAUGUGUUUGGCAAGAAAUGGAAUGUAGAAAUUGGUCUACCAGUGUACAGAGAUUUUGGAACAUUUGAAGAGGAGAGUGUAAUGUAUGAAAAGCUGCAAGAAUAUUUGUUGAGAGAUGGAGUGUGUCUGCUAAACCUUCACAGUGCAGUUAGUGCUAUCAUUCAUCACAAAGAUUAUUUUGUGGUGGUUGAUUGUGCUACUCGUGAUGUGUUUGGGAUGGCAUCUGGUAUUGGCACAUCUGUGGCUGUUUUUAACACAUGCCUUAAUGAUCUGAUGGUUCACAUCAGGAAUCUAAGGAAGUCUUUAGAUGCACAGUGGUUUGCCAUUAGUAGCAUUUCUGUUGAGGGAAGUUCUGUCAGGUUUGAAAGUAGCAAUAUCAGCAGUGAAGUUUCAGCUAACACUGAGAAUAGCAAUUUUGUCAGACUUAAAAACAGUAUAAGAGGAUCAUUUCAUCAGGGAAAUGAACAGUUUAAAUAUGGAGGCCUUCAGUGUAUGGCAAUAGCUUUGGUAAGUGUAGCAAAACAUAAAGUUUAUAGUGUGUUUUCAUGGCAGACAAAAGAUGUUGACAGAGUUGUAGUUUUAGGCGAUGAGUUGUACACAGAUUUGAGAGAUACCAAUAGGAUUAGCCAGAUGUCCAAUGUGUUGUGUGUUCAUGAUUUACCCAAACAGACUGUUAUUGAUGGAGAUAAUUUUUUAUUUCAAUAUGGUGAGUUUGUCAGUGGUGAGGUAGAUGUUGUUGAAGGGGAAUUAAUUGACAGUGGUGCCUGCAGCAGUCUAUCAGUUGGACUGGAAACGAUUUUUGCACAGUAUGACACAUGUCUUUUGACAGUGUGUAGCAGUACAUGUGCAAUAAUUUCUCAAAAUGGACAGUAUGCAUUGGUUGACUCUCAUGCACGAAGUGUUCUUGGCAUGAUUGAUGAAAGUGGAACAAGUGUUGUUGUAUAUUUUUCUUCUCUUAAAGAUUUGUUCAAUCACAUUUGCCUUUUAUCUACAGGGCUUAGUGAGAAGCAAAAACCUUUUGAAAUAGCUGGAGUUUUAGCAAUGACAUAUAGUUCAGAUGUACAAUUUAUUAGUGAUGAAGUUAAUAAAAAUAUGACAUUUAGUCCUAUUUCUAAAAAUGUCUGUCAAACUUUGUGCAUACGUUUAAAUGUGGACCUUGAAAAGAUAAAUGUACCGCAGUUUACACGUGUUGGCUUAUUAGGAGUUCCAUGUAAAAAUGACAGUAUAGUGGCAGAUGGCAACUGUUUUUUCCGAGCCAUAUCUCAAGCUGUGACCGGCACACAAAAGUAUCACAGAAAAAUACGACUUGCUGUAGUGCAACAGUUGGAAAAAGAUAGUGUAAAAUACCAAAACAUUUUGAGAACAGAGUAUUCGUCAGUGUCAGAGUACAUCAAUAAGUCUAAAAUACGACAUGUUAAUACCUGGGCUACGGAAGUUGAAAUACAAGCAACAGCAGAUUAUUUAGGAAUCAAUGUAUUUACGUUUUUUGAUGGUCGUUGGUUAAAAUACACUUGCAAUAGUAAGCUUUUGUCAAAUCAGAGUAUCUACUUAGAAAACUGCAAUGGAAACCAUUAUGAAACUGUAGUUUGUGUUUAUGAGCCUGAAUUACAGAGUUGUUAUGGCUAUUGUAAAACCAGUGAAUCUUCUAUGACAGGGUAUUAUAUUAGAUCACACAUUAAGAACGAAAUUAAUGUUUUAGGUUUGGAAAAACAGAAACCGCAUGUUGAAGUGCAAAUGCAGUUUAGCAGUGAACAACAACAACAACACAGCAUAUUGAAAACAGUGCCAAAUGAGACAUGUGCAGCAGGAAUGAUAGUAGAUUGUGAUGCUAAAAUUGUGGGUGAUUCUGAUGUUGAAAUUGUGAAAAAUGCUGGUGAAAUGACAUUGAAAUAUAGUCCUGUAUCUACUGAAGUUGCACAAACAAUAUGCAAUGAAUUAAAUUUGGAUUUUGAAAGAGAUUAUGUACAAGUACCCAUUGUUUAUGGGUCUUUAGGCAUUGUUUGUAAGACACAUAAAGUUAUAAAUGAUGGUAAUAGUUUUUUUAGAGCAGUAGCUCAAGUGAUUAGUGGUUCUGAAAAGAGUCAUCGGAAAGUAAGACUUGCUGUUGUCAAGUAUUUGGAAAAUCACAAAGAAGAACACAUAAAGUUAAUAGGAAAAGAGUAUGCUUCAAUCUCAGAAUAUAUAACCAAUUCAAAAAUGAAAUAUGUAGGAUAUUGUGCUUCAGAUGUAGAAUUUCAAGGUACAGCAAAUGCUUUAGGAGUUAAUCUAUUUAUAUCUAAUGGGGAAAAAUGGACCAAAUACAUUUGCAUGGGUACAGUGUCGAGAAAUCAAGGAAUUUAUCUAAAACAAUGUGACAGUUAUUUUGAACCUGUAAUAUGUGUCCAACAUGGUGAUAAGAAGGUUUGCUUUGAUUUGUGUAAAGUGGAAAUUAAAAAGAAUGUUUGCAAAAGGAAGUAUGAGGAAGAUGUAUUGUAUAAGGAAAAGAAAAAGAAUGAUACUAAAAGGAAGUAUCAGGAAGAAGAGUUGUAUAAGGAAAAGAAAAAGAAUGAUACUAAAAGGAUGUAUCACGAAGAUGUGUUGUAUAAGGGAAAGAAAAAGAAUGUUAGUAAAGAGAAAUAUCAAGGAGAUGUGUUGUAUAAAGAAUUGAAAAAGGACAUGAGCAAAAGAAAGUAUCAGCAAAAUAUGUUGCACAAAAAAAGGGUGAUGGAAUAUAGUAAGAGGAAAUAUAGUUUAAACCAGAUUCACAGGCAACAUGUAAAGGCCAUUAGUAUUAGAAAAUAUCAUGGGAACCCUGAGCAUAAAAAACGUGUUAAAGUGGGUAUGAAAGUUAAAAGGCAACAAAUUAAAGUGAAAGCAGAACAGUUAGAUUUUGUUAUGCAGCGAUUUUUUGAUUUAGCAAAACAUGGGCCAGAUUUUGUGUGUUGUGUCUGCCAACGAUUGUUGUUUAAACAUCAGGUUUUAAAUUGUAAUAGAGAUUAUUAUAAGAAAAAGGUAAUAGGAUUGAUUUUAGAUAAAUGUAUAAGUGAGGAAUAUUUACACAAGUGUAAUAAGAACUGUGUAAUGCCUUGUCACUUGCUCAAUACACCAAGAGGCAAUCUAUGGAUUUGUUACACAUGCCAUUAUAAGCUCAAUAAAGGUGAAAUGCCACCUGAAUGUUCGUCAAACAAUUUGAGAGUUGAACCUAUUCCACCAGAAUUGGCAUGUUUGAAUAGCUUAGAACAACAUUUGAUAGCUUUGCAUAUACCAUUUAUGAAAAUGUUAGCAUUACCUAGAGGAGGGCAAAAUGGAGUACAUGGACCUGUAACAUGUGUUCCUGCAAAUAUUGUGCAGACUUCUAAUUUGUUGCCACUUUCCAGUAUGGAAGGAUCUUUGUUGCCUGUAAAAUUGAAGCGAAAGUUAACUUAUAAAGGACAUUAUAAAUAUCAGUUUGUUGAUACUAUGCAUAUAAAACAAGCAUUAAAAUGUUUAAAACAGAUAAAUGUGCAUUAUAAAGAUGUAGAAUUUAAUGAAGCUUGGCUAAAUGGGUUUUGUAGAGAAGAUGACCUUCUAGCUUGUGUUCGUCAGCUUGGUGUCCCUACUUGGUUUUGUUCAUUUUCUUCUGCUGAUAUGCGAUGGAAAAAUCUUCUUUUUAGUAUCUUGAAACAGGAAGGGAGAACAGAAACAGUUGAGGAAUUAGAGUGGGCAGACAGGUGUGAGUUGUUGCGUCGCAAUCCUGUCACUGCGGCGAGAAUGUUUGAUUUUCGGUGGCAUUGUUUUUUAAGAGAGGUACUUAUGUCUUCAGCUCAUCCAAUAGGUAAAAUUAAGGAUUACUUUUAUCGUGUGGAAUUUCAGCAACGUGGUUCACCUCAUGUACACUGCCUGUUUUGGAUUGAGAAUGCCCCAUUGAUUGAUAAAAACACAGAUGAAGAGGUAAUUCAGUUCAUUGAUAAAUAUGUAACAUGUGAAUUGCCAUCGUCGGAUGACAGUUUAUUGGACGUAGUGACAUCUGUGCAGCAGCAUUCAAAGCGACAUUCUAAAAGUUGUAAAAAGAAAAACACUGUUUGUCGUUUUAAUUUUCCUAGGCCUCCAUCUGCUCGAACAUUUAUAUGUCGUGGUAAAAGUCAUGAAGAAAAAAAGUGUAUUUGUCAGGUAGAUAACAGUGAUACUUUAAGAAAAUGUGUAUGUGAUAAUCAAGGUCAAAGUAAUUUUAAAAUGAAAAAAGAACAGGCAGGUGAGAUUUUGUCAGGAAUUAAGAAGACUCUUUCAGAUGAUAACUGUAAUUAUGAUAGUGUUGAACAUUUGUUUAAACAUUUAGGUAUAAAUCAAGCAAGUUUUGAGGCUGCAUAUAAAUCAUUUAGUCGAAAUACACAAAUCGUUUUGAAAAGAGAGGUUAAUGAGGUUUGGGUCAAUCAAUAUAGCAAGCCACUGUUAAAAUGUUGGAAUGCAAAUUUAGAUAUCCAGUAUGUUGUUGAUGCAUAUGCAUGUGUGGUGUACAUAAUUUCUUACAUAUCAAAGUCAGAAAGGGAGAUGGGGUUGCUGUUGGGUAAUGCACAAAGAGAAGCAUGUAAAGAGAGAAAUAUUAGUGCAAAAGAUGCACUGAAAAACCUAGGCAGUGUUUAUUUACAUAACAGAGAUGUUUGUGCUCAAGAAUCUGUGUACAGAUUAACAAAUAUGCCACUGAAGGAGUGUUCAAGGAAAGUUGUGUUUGUGCCAACUGGAGACAAUGUAAUUAAAAUGAGUCUUCCUUUAAAUGUGUUGAGGAAAAAGGCAGCAACACAUGAGCUUACAGCUGAAGAAAUGUGGAUGACUAGUAUUGUAGAUCGUUAUAAGAAUAGACCAAAGGACUUGAAUGAUAUGUGUAUGGCAACAUUUGCAUCAGAAUAUCGUAUUUUAAGUAAAAAUGAAAAAUCCAAAACUCCGCUUAAAUUAAACAAUGGUUGUGGUUUUAUUACCAAAAGAACACGAACACAGCCAGCCGUUGUUCGUUAUGUGCGGUUUUCUGAGGAAACAAAUCCAGAAUCAUUUUAUCAAAGUAUUAUGCAGUUGUUUCUCCCAUACCAUUUAGAUAUGGAGCUGAAACCUCCCAAUUUUGAAACAUUUGAACAGUUUUACAAGUCUGGUCAUGUGACAUUUUGUGAUGGAUCUAGACAUUCAGUGAAGUCAGUUGUUGACUUAAAUAGAAAGAGAUUUGAAUUGGAGGCAGAUGAACUGGAUAAUAUUCAGAAUACAAUUGAUAGUGAUGGUAUAAUAGAAGAUGGCUGGUGUGAACUAUGUCCAGAGCUAGAGAUAGAACGUUUAAUGUGUGAGGAGGAAAUGAAAGAAAAAAAACAACUAGUGGAAGAAGAUGAUGAAAAUAUUCCAGAUUUAGCAUCAAGUAAUCAAAAGGUUGCUCAUUUAGAAAAGAAAAAUAAUAUAAUGUGCAGAAGUGAUGGUCUAGCCUUAAUUAGAUCUUUGAAUGAUACACAGUUAUCUAUUUUUUAUCAGAUUCGACAAUGGUGCUUAGAUAAGAUAAUGGGGAAAAAUCCAGAUCCAUUACAUGUUUUUAUUACUGGUGGUGCAGGGACAGGAAAAAGCCAUUUAAUAAAAGCUAUUCAGUAUGAAGCAAUGAGGUUAUUGUCAACAGUGUGUCGCCAUCCUGACAAUAUUUGUGUGUUGCUUACUGCCCCUACAGGAAUUGCUGCUUAUAAUUUGCAUGCAGCUACUAUUCACCACAGUUUUAGCAUUGGGAAAGAUGUUCGCUUACCAUACACACCUUUGGGUGAAGAUAAACUCAAUUGUUUGCGUGCUAAAUAUAGUGAUCUGCAGAUUUUGAUAAUUGAUGAAAUAUCAAUGGUUGAUCACAAUCUAUUAGCAUAUAUUCACGGUAGACUGAGACAGAUAAAGCAAACAGGUGACUUUUCUCCCUUUGGAAAUGUUAGCAUAAUUGCUGUUGGAGAUUUUUUUCAGUUACCUCCAGUGAAGGGGAAACCAUUGUAUGUUGACAAUAUUGGUAUUAACCUGUGGUCUAAUCUGUUUUCAGUUGUUGAGUUGAAAACCAUAGUUAGACAAAAAGAUAAUACUUUUGCUGAGUUAUUAAACAGAAUAAGAAUUCGUACAAAAGUGACCCCAAUGCUCAAUAGUGACAUUGAUAUAUUGAAAAAAUGUGAAACCGGUGAAAUUAGCUCAGCUUUGCACAUAUUUCCCACAAACAGACAGGUGAGUGAGCAUAAUGUUAAACAGCUAAUUAAAAUUUGUCCUGAAUAUUUUGAAAUAGAUGCUCAGGAUUUUAUAAUUAAUACCAAGACAGGAAAACAUGAAUUGAAGAGUGGUCAUCAUUCAAAAAUGUAUAAUACAUGUUUGGAUGAAACAUUGCUUAUAGGGAAAGGUGCUCGUGUAAUGUUGUGUAAAAAUGUAGAUGUCAUGGAUGGUCUGGUUAAUGGGGCAUGUGGCACAGUAACAAACAUCGUUUAUUCUAACAAUGAUAAGUUUCCUGAAACAGUGUAUGUCAAAUUUGAUGACCAUCUGGUUGGUGCACAAAGAAGAAAAUCUUGUAUAUCUGUUUCAGAAGUUGUAAUGGGUUCUACAGGUAUUAAACCAGAAGAGGAAAAAGUUAAUAGUAAAGGUGGACUGCGACGUCAGUUUCCGUUAAAACUUGCUUGGGCUUGUACAGUACACAAAGUACAAGGAAUUAGUGUUGAUGAAGCUGUUGUAUCCCUUAAAAAAAUAUUUGCACCUGGACAGGCAUAUGUGGCAUUAAGUCGUGUUAGAACUUUAUCAGGUUUGAUUAUUCAGGAUUUUGAAGAAAAGGUAAUAUACUGUAAAGACAGCAUUAAGGAUGCAGUAGAAAACAUGCCUACAUUUUUUCUUAAAAAUAUACCAAAUUACAAGGUCAAUGAACAAGCAUUUAGUGUAUUUUUGAUGAAUGUGCAAAGUUUACGCCAACAUUUAGCCGAUUUGAUUUUGUGUAUACAGCAUUUGAGGCCUAACUGCAUUGCUAUAACUGAAACAUGGUUACCUGACAAUAUCUCAUUUGAAACUGUAAAGAUUGAUGGUUAUAGUUUUCAUAGCCAUCCCAGAAGUUUAGCUUAUACUUACAGUAAUCCAACUUUAUGUGAAAUAAAAGGUCAACAACAUGGUGGUGUUGGUAUGUAUACCACAGACAAUUUGGCACAUAAUGUUGUACAGGUACCAAAUGUCAAUUUAGAAUGUUUAGUUUGCAGCUACACUACAUACAAUAUAUUAAUAGUAGCUAUUUAUCGGCCACCGUCAUAUCCCAUGUCUUUGUUUAAAGAAAAUCUAGGCAAACUGCUUGAUUUUGUAGAAUCUGUAAGUACUACAACUGUUGUCAUGGGAGAUUUCAAUGAUAACAUUUUAAAGUCUUUAACAAUCUGCAAGUUUAUAACAGACAGAGGGUUUAUUCAGCAUGUAACACAAGCCACAACAGAAAAAGGAACACUAAUUGAUCAUGUUUAUGUGAAGACAACACAUUAUGACGUAGAAACAAUGGUGCUUCCAACAUAUUUCAGUGACCAUGAGGGUAUUUUAUGCUCUUUUACAUCUAAAUUUUUUAACACUGAUGAAGCAGAAUUUGACGAUUU